UGAAUAUGGAUUGAGCUGUUUUAGAUUUUGUAUUGAGAUUUUCCUAAAAUUUUCCUAUACAAUUUCAGGAUAUAAACUGUUUCAAAAUGCUUCAUGGUUUUGUAUCAUCAAUUGAUUAAAUGCUGCGCACUCAAAGUACGUGUUUAAAGCUUUCACGGCCAAUGGCAGGAACAUUUAUGCAGGCAGCACAAGAGAAAACAUAUGCCAGACCACCAAGUAAUUCGGUGAACAUGGUUCCUACCCCGCCACCUGGACUAGAUGCUAUUUAUCAAGCUUGUCGAAAUGUAUAUCAUGACCAACCUAACCCUUUGCAAGUAACUGCUGUCAUUAAAUAUUGGCUUGGAGGACCAGACCCGUUGGAUUAUGUGUCAAUGUAUUACAAUAAAGGGGACCCUGAACGGAACAUUCCAGAACAUUGGCACUACAUUACCUUUGGAUUUUCAGAUUUGCAUGGCGAUGGACGUGUGCACCCAACUAGCAAUUCUGACGGCCCCAGCGGAUUUGGAUUCGAAUUAACGAUGCGGUUGAAACGAGAGCCCGGCGAGAGUGGACCACCCACUUGGCCUGCUGAAUUGCUCCAGGCAUUGGCCCGAUAUGUCUUCCAGUCAGAAAACGCUCUCUAUAGUGGAGAUCAUGUUUCAUGGCACGCACCACUGGACAACUGCGAGUCAAGGUUGCAGCACAUGCUUAUGACAGAUGACGCCCAACUACCGAUGGUUACUACACCGAUCGGAUCGGUCAACUUCAUACAAGUCGUCGGCGUUUGCACCGAGGAGCUGCAGGCGGCGCAGCAGUGGAACGGCCCAGGCGUUAUCGAGCUGCUUAAAACUAUUCCCCUAGCCGGCGGGCCUUGGCUUGUCACCGACAUGAGGAGAGGCGAGACCAUUUUCGAGAUCGACCCGUCAUUACAAGAGAGCGUCGAUGAGGGGAUCAGGCAGAACGGCUCAAAUCUCAGCGGUGUCAGCGCCAAAUGUACGUGGAUCGAAUCGACAGACGCAAUGUACGGCGAGAACGGAGACGAGUUACAUUUACCACCGAAAAUCUCAGAGGAAGUUUCAAAUCAAAUCAAGGAUGCGCUUCUAGAAGGCUUGGGCCGCGCCAAGCACCAGGCCCUUCCCUCUGUCCCUUCAAGGGAACUUGUAUCACGCGAGAACGACGUGCCGCACGAGAUGGUAUACACACGUACAUUGGACGCAGUACACCUCAAGUUUAAUCUUGAGGCAGGUUCCCUACUCGCCCUUGCUUGCAAAGGUCGUGUACUGCAUGGCCGGCAUUUCACUUUCAAAAGCGUGAACGGAGACACGGCUGUGACAUUCGUAGCAACAGGGGUCGAGGGAGCGUUCGUUAAUGAACGAAACCCCUACGCUGCCAGGGGACCGUGGCUGCAGGUCCUGGUCACAGAAGACCUCGCUUACGAACUCAUUCGAGACUUAGAAGAGUUGACAAGCAUCGACACUGCACAGCUCCCGAAAAGUUACAGGUGGCCUCGAAAGCGCUUAGAGGUGUCGAUAUUACCAGACCCGAGCUUCGACUCCAUUUUACCAAUGGAGCAGUUUCCUACGUAGCCCGUGACGCCCUGCUUUUUGUUAAGCAAAAUCUGCUGCAGUCAUGACGGUCGUUUCGACCCAAGUGUUCCUUAAUUGGUGCUUUGUACUGCUGCUUCACCUCUUCCCCUAAACUGAGGUGUUAUUAUGACAAGCUGUUAUCGGUCUACACUGAUGUAACGUUGCGUGAAGCCACCGACUUAUUCCCAAAACGCUGGCCGUCGCUUGAAAUUCCUUCCUCGUUCGGUAAGGCGAUUUUGGGCCCCGUAAUCCCGGAACAGGUGAACGCAAGAAUUUUAAAGAGUUUUUGACCCGAUUUGCAGUCGACCUUGUUGUUGUUCUCCACGCUUUAUACCAUUGUGAUUUUUACUACUAUUUUUUUAUAAUUCUCAUGUAUUUCUAUUUGUGCUUCACUCUGUUUCCGCCUGGAAUUCGCGCGUCCGUUUUCCACUGUCACCUUCUACAGUACAUUUUGUCAUCUCCGCAAA